UCGGAAAGAUCACGCUUUCCACGUGUAAAUGCAUCGCCAUGCUCUUGCUUCCAUUCCCAAACUUCCCUUCAUAAGUCUCGCCUAUUUCCGCGGGAAAAUAUUAGCUCAGAUUCCCAGCUUCGUGAUUUUUCUAAUUAAUAGCAUUUCCGUUUUCCUUGCAGAGGUUGAACUGUUAGUUCCAGCAGUUUGCUUUAUCCUUUCGCUGGAUUUUGCCUCAAGUGGAACAGCGAGACCCAGAGCCACUCUGCAGCGGGCCCACACCCACACACCCUAGGCAACGGUGCCGUCCAAUCAGGGGACCGCCUCAAGGCCACGGUCGACGGCUGCAGCGAAACAACCAAUCGCUGGAGAGGCUAGUGUUUGAAUUUAGACGUAGGCCAAUCAAGAAACCCCUCUCCGCCCGAGCCGGUUGAAACGAACCAAUUGAAGAUCAGGACGGUUCACGGGCCGUUUGUUGAAGGCGGGCGUGCUCUGAAGUUAACCAAUGGGAAUGCUCGGGUGUGAUAUAAUUUUAAACAAAAUUCAAGGAAAAUGAGUUGGGCUGUGGAAGAGUGGAAAGAAGGGCUUCCAACAAAGGCUCUCCAGAAAAUCCAGGAAAUUGAAAUUCAGCUGGAUAAACUCAAAAAGGAACGUCAGCAGCGACAAUUUCAGGUUGAAACCUUAGAAGCUGCACUGCUAAAACAAAAACAAAAGGUAGAGAAUGAAAAAACUGAAACCAGUGCUCUGAAGCGGGAGCAUCAAACCCUAAUUGACUCGUGUGAAAACCUUGAGAAAACCAGGCAGAAGAUUUCUCAUGAUCUGCAGGUGAAGGAAUCACAAGUUAAUUACCUAGAGGGACAACUUGCAUCAAGCAAGAAGCUUGUGGAGAAGCUUGAACAAGAGAACAAAAGAUACAAAUCUGAAUUUGAGCGAUGCCAAACAGUUGUAAUGCCUGCAGAUGUAUCAUCUGGAACACCACAAACAAAUUACUCAAGGUCCAUAACACCAAAUAAAAAUGUUGCUGACUCAAAACUGGAGGAAAUGCAGGAAAAGUAUAACAAAGUAGUGGAAGAAAGAAGCCAAUUGGAAACUGAGUUAAAAACAAUUCAGGCAAAGUUGUUCAACCAAACACAACCUUAUAAUACUAUUAGUCAACGGAAUAGUGCACGGCAGCGAUCUGCUUCAUCUGUGUUUCCAUGGCAACAAGAUCAAACUCCAAGUCAGCAUGCCUCGUUUUCACUGGAGACCCCAUUAAAGGGUGUUGCCAUGAAUCUUAAAUGGGAGCAAGAAGAAACCCCCUUCAAGCACCAUCCCAAGUCUUUGCAAAAGGGAAGCCGUUCCACAGGAUGGCCUAAUAACACAGACAGCUCCAAGCAGGAGGAACAGCUGAAAUUACAAAAUCAAGAACUGCAAACCAAAGUUUUGGAUCUGGAAUUUCGACUUGAAGCUCAGGAGAAAGAAAUGAAAAAUCAUGUGAACAGGCUUCAUGAAAUUCAAUUCCAAUUUGAGAAAGCUAAAACAGAUCUUUCAGAGAAAGAACGCAAACUGACUAAGUGCCUUGAAGAAUUGACCAAGAUGACUGCACAGUGUGAACAAAGCAGUGCCAAGUGUGUGAUGAUUGAGCAAAAACUAAAGCAGGUGUCAGAUGAACUGAACUGCUGCAGGCAAAAUGCUGAGAGCACGCGACGUAAUGUUGAGCAGAAGUUGAAAGACAAGGAAAAGGAAUUCCAAGAGGAAAUUUCUCAUCAUCAACACUCCCUGCGAAGCCUAGAUCAAGAAUUCAUCCAGACGAAAAAUAAACUGAACCAGGAAUUGCAACAAGCUAAAAAAGACUACAAUGUUCUGCAGUUAGACAUUGAUAAAUUAUCAGCAUGCAAACAGAAGCUGGAAAAAGAAAUGGAUCAAAUCAGGCAGCAAUUACGCCAAUCAGAUCAAAUGCAAAAGGCAAACCAGUCAAAGGAAAAUGAUCUGAAGAAAAAGCUUGAAGAUGUUCAGGAAGAAAGAAACGGUCUUAGAAGUCAGCUUCAGCAGAACUUUACACAAAUUCACAAACUGGAAAAUGAAUUACAGAAGACCAAACAGGAUUUUAACCGUGCCUGCAAUUAUGGGGAAGAGAUGAAAAAUAAGAACACUGCUCAGGACUCUGAGCUAAAAAGUCUUCAACAACAACUGGAUGAACAAAAUAAGAUGUCAUGUAUAGCUGUGGAAAACCUUAAACAGCAAAUUUCAAAGCUGAAAAUGGAGCAAGACGUUGUUCAGAAGGAAAUUAAAGAAAAAGAAAGGAGCAUUGAGCAGUUGAAUGCCCAAAUUGAUAAAAUGGAAAAUGAGACUGAAGAACUGCAAAAAAAAGUUCAGUUAAAGGAAAAGAUGUGUCAGGAACUAAAGGAGGAAAACAGUUCCCUGGCUCAGUGGAAAGCAGAAAAUACCCACAUUUUAGAUAAUUUUAAACAUGAAAAAGAAGGGAUGGAGAACAAAAUUAAAGAAUUGGAGCAGAAUCUUGAAUUUUCCAUGAAUAAAAAUCGAGAGCAAGAACAGAAUUUGGAGAUUUAUCAAUGCAAGACUGAAAGACAAUCUGAAACACUGAAGUUACUUGGAGAUGAAAAGCAGAAUUUGCAAAGACAGACUGAUGAUCUAAAACAAAUGUUUGACAACAAAACAUUAGAGUUAGAGAAAGAAAAACAAGCCUUUGAAGAAUUCAUGAAGAAGACAAAGCAAGAUGAACACAACGUUGAAAACCUUAACUUGACCAUCUCUCAACUUGAGUCACAGAUAGCUGAACUGGAGAAAAGUUUGCAACAAGAAACCAACAAGGUGGUGAAACUGGAAGAGUCUCAAUGUGUAUUGAAUGCUGAAUAUGAAAAUAUCAGUAAUAUGGCCAAAUCAAAAGACUGCUUGAUUGAGCUAAAAGAAACUGAGAUUUUGAAUUUAAAAGAUAGCAUAUCACAGAUCACACGUGAUUUUGAAGAGCAGCUUGCCAGAACUGAAGCAGAGAAAAAACACUUAAUGGAGGAGCAUGAAAAGAGCAUGCUUGACAAAGCUGAAGUUGAGAUUGCAAAAACAGCACUAGAAAAUGAUAUUAUUGUCUUCAAGGAGCAGAUAACUUCGCAAGAUUCCUUGUUGAAGCUUGAAAAGCAUCUUCGAUCUGAGUUGCAAAAUAAGUAUGAAACACUAUUAAAGGUGAGGGAAGAAUUGGAAGAAAACAUUGAGGAGGCUAGAAAGAAAUGUGAGAACUUAAAAAUGGAGAUGGGAGAAGAAAUUAGUAAACUGAAAAUGCAACAUGCAGUAUUGCAAGCUACUGUAGAUGAGAAAGAGAAAUCUAUUCAAAAUUUUACACAAGAACUUGAGAGCAACAUGAAUAAUUUGAAAUGUUUGCAAAUGACCAACAAAGAUUUGGAAACGAGGUUGGAGGUUCAUCUUCCAUUGGAGAAGUGCAUUCAGGAAAAAGAAGAAUUAAUUAGCUUGAAGGAAAAGGCAUUAGGACAGCUUUCUGAGGAAAAUGAUGAAUUGAAGGUUUCUAUUAAUAAUUUAAUGCAGGAAAACAUGGAGCUGAACAAAAAGAAUUCUAGUUUUGUUGAUAUGAUAAAAAAAGAAGAGGAAAUAUGUGAAGAACUUGCAAAAUAUAAAGAAGAAACUGCUACUAAGGAGAAUAUAGUUAAAGAUCUUAAAGCUCUGUGUGAAGAACUAAUGGAUAAACAAAGGUUGCUGGAAGGUAUAGUAAAAGCCAAAGAAAAUGAUAUUACGCAAUUACUGGAAAAGGUGAAUGAGAGGGAAAGUAGGGAAAAAGAACUGGUGCAUGAGUAUACUGUGCUAGAAGAACAAAUAAAGAAUCUCCAAGACAAAUGUACAGCUGCAGAAGAAAACAAGAAUUUCUUAGAAGAGCAAUUAUGUGAGACAGCAAAUGCAUUAUUGAUGAAAAGUGCAGAAAUAGAGGAGUUGGAAAGAAAAUGCACAGAGGAUUCUGUUGAAUAUAAUGUCAAAAUUGUAAGGUAUGAGGAAAAAGUUAAAGCAUUAGUUGAAGAAAUAGGAGACCUGCAGGCACAGCUGGAGAAAACAAAAGAAAUCGAGCACUUACAGAAAGAACUUGCGGAGUCCAGUGCAAGGCAAAACAAAAUACUGGAGGAUUACAGUCAAUUACUUCAGGACAAAGAACAAUUGACUCAUCUGAUACGAACUCAAGCUGAAAAAGAAAAUGUUUUUGCAGCAAAAGUAGAAAAACUUGAAAAUGAUUUGGUAAUAGUAGAAUCUGAAAAUAUCAAAAAUAGUAAGCUAAUUGCAGAGAAAAAUAGAAUUUCAGAUCAAUCAAGAGAUACAAUUAUAACUAAGGAAAAUGAACUUCAGAGGCUUCAAGCACAACUUCAGCUUCUUCAGAUGGACCUUGAAGAUAAAGAGGCUUCGUCAGAGUCGUGCAUAUGUCAACUAAAACAACUGCAGGCUGACGCUAGCAUUAUGGAGAGCAAGUUCCAGCAUAGUGAGGAAAAUAGGGUUCUCCUGGAGAAAAAAGUGAGUACAAUGCAGGGAGAGAUGGAAGCUAUGCAUUUGAGAAUUAGUGAAAGCAGGAACAAUGAAGAAUCUUUGCUGGGAGAAAUAUCUCGGCAGAAGCAAACUAUUGAACAACUGAAAAGCGAGUUUGAAAAACAAGAAAAGGAUUUUCAUUCUUUGGAAAGUCAGCUUAAUGAAAGCCAGGCCAAAGAGAAGCAAUAUCACCAAAAAGAAAAGGAGAUUUUAGAGCUUCAGGAAAAACUGUGCAAAUCUGAAACCCACAUAAUUGAGUUAACGAGUCAAAAGAGUAAUGUGGAAUUUCAACUGGAUUCUUUACAGGAGUUAAAUGCACAAAUGCAAUCUACUUUGAACAAUGUCAAGAACACAUUGCAACAAAGUGAGGAGCAAAGAAUUUGUGUGCAACAGGACUUGAGUAAGGUGGAGUCUGAGCUGCGACAGAGUGAGGAGCAAAGAGUUCGUUUGCAACAGGACUUCAGUAAGAUGCAGUCUGAGCUGCAGCAGAGUGAGGAGCAAAGAGUUCUUUUGCAACAGGAUUUGAGUAAGAUGCAGUCUGAGAUAUCAGCUAAGAAUGUGCAUUUUACUGAAUAUUCACCACAGAAGUUAAUAAAUGGACGCAAGACCAGUAUACAAUAUGAAAAUGAGGAUAUGACAGCGGAAAAGUAUACUGUGCUGUUGGAUAAAGUGAAUUUAAUCAAACAGAAUACUAAUACAGAUGCUUCAGAAUACACUAAGUUAAAUGAAAUCAUGAUUAUGUCCCAAGAAACAAGGCAUCAAAACAUACCAGAAGAGGAGAUGGCUUGCAGUGUUGAUGAGAAUGAUUCAUCAUGCAGAAACAAAAACAUUUUAAACAGAAUUGAGAAGCUUGGUGAAUCUGUGGAAGAAGUGAAGGCAGAGUUGUCCUUGUUACAGAGUAACUUGAUUGAAACUCAAGCUGCCUUAUCUAGUACAAAGAUAGAAAAAGAAACACUCCAAGCUCAGUUGAGAAUGCUUGAAUCUUCAUUAGAAAGUGCUCACCUUCAUGUAACUGAACAGAAAGAGCACUUGCAGGAGCUAGAGAAGAUGAUUCAGGAAAAAGAUAAUGAACUAAUUUUACUCCAUCAGCGGCUAAGGGAGAAAUCAGCCAACUUGAUUAUAAAUGAUCAAACUGCUUCUGAUGAAGACACAGCCUUGAAGAUGAGAAGUUUGGAAGUAGAAAUUUGUUCUGAGUCUUCCGAGCAGUCUAUCACACUGCUCCAGGAACAAUUACAGAAGCAGCAAGCUGAUGCAGAUGCAGAAAUUCAAGAAUUGCAACAUAUUAUAACUGUAACAAAUCAAGCACUUGAAUCUCUAAAGCAACAACAUUCGUCUGAAAUAGAUGCAUGGCAGUUGAAGUUAUCCAAUCUAACAACAGAGAUGGAAAACAAAUUGGCUGCACAGAAACAACAGACAGAAUUGCUAUCUGCUGAGUUAGAAGGUGCAAGGAUCCAGCUCCAGUCUCUAGACCUCAGUUCCCAAUCAUUGCUGAAUGCUAGCUGCAUUUCAGAAGAGAAUACUCCACAAAAGCUGAUGAAUACCAGUUCAGAAAAACAAAAUGCAAGGAAUAUAGUUGCAGAUAAAUUGGAAAUUGUUAACGUUCUAACUAUGACCCCCAACAGUGAAGUACAAAGUCAAGAAAAGACUGCUUUACAGCUUGGCCCCUUAGGAGAAAAGCAUGUGUUGUCCUGUGACUGUACCAAAUCUUUUGAUGAUGCUGGGAACCCAAGCACGGAUACUGAUGAAUUGAUUGAGGAUGCCAAACACCCGGGCAUUGUUGAACAGAUACAUCUAGAUGAAGAGAAAUUUAGUGACCCAGUGAACCUAUCUCACAAGGCGCCAAUUAACUCUCAAGUACAAUUGGGACAGGAAAAGAAGCAAAUUACUGAAGUAUUACUUGGUGAAAUGGAGGAUUUGCAUUCUGAUCAUCAAAAGAGUUGUUUUUCAAUGCUGCUGCUGACUUAGAAAGGAAAGUGCUGAUUCUUGAGGAGGAGAAACCAUCGUUUAUCUAAUGAACUGAAGUCCUCUACUCUUGAAAAUCAGAACCUUUCUGACAAAGCAAAAAAUCUGGAAGAAGACCUCAGUGAAGUGAAAACACAG